CUUUGCUCGACCACAGGCACACACCAUCCCCCGAGCUGCCUCCUGGAUCUGGCUCCGGAUCUGGAUGCGGGCAUCCUUUGGAUUUUGCGCUCAACAACACGGACCCCCACUGCAAAGAAAACUUAAUCGGGACAACAAUGGUGGCUGAAUACGCGGCUGCUGGUCGUGUAGGGGACCGGGGAGUGCGCUCGGUGUGACAUUCACUUGCACGCUGGUGUGGAGUUUUUAUUGUUCUGGUCCCGUAGACGCAGAGGCACAGCGGCGAAUCUGUGGAGAAGAUGUUGAGCCGAUUCAUGAGUGGCAGCCUCAGGAAUCUGGAGCGGGAAUACAGCUGCACUGUCAGGCUGCUGGACGAUACGGAAUAUACGUGCACCAUUCAGCGGGAUGCAAAAGGACAGUAUCUGUUUGACCUCCUCUGCCACCAUCUAAACCUACUGGAGAAAGACUAUUUUGGCAUCAGAUAUGUGGAUCCAGACAAGCAGCGGCACUGGUUGGAGUUCACCAAAUCAAUUUCAAAGCAAAUGAAAUCUCAGCCUCCGUUCACCAUGUGUCUGAGAGUAAAGUUCUACCCUCCUGAUCCUGUUGCUCUCAAGGAGGAAAUCACUCGAUAUUUGGUCUUCCUGCAGCUAAAGAGAGACCUCUAUCACGGUCGUCUCCUGUGCAAAACCUCAGACGCUGCCAUGCUGGCUGCCCACAUCCUUCAAGCUGAGAUUGGUGAUUACGACCCUGGGAAGCAUCCUGAAGGUUACAGCUCCAAAUUCCAGUUCUUUCCCAAGCACUCGGAGAAACUGGAGCGCCGGAUCGCAGAAAUACACAAAACUGAGCUGAUCGGACAGACCCCUGAAACAUCAGAGCGAAAUUUCCUGCUGAAAGCCCAGAUGCUGGAGACAUAUGGUGUUGAUCCGCAUCCAUGUAAGGAUGUGUCGGGGAACCCCGCUUUUCUCGCCUUCACGCCAUUUGGCUUUGUGGUUCUUCAGGGAAACAAGAGAGUUCACUUUCUUAAAUGGAACGAGGUGUCCAAGCUCAAAUUUGAGGCCAAGACUUUCCACAUAUAUGCAAAUCAGAAGGAGGACAGAAAGAUCAUUUUAACAUACUUUGCGCCCACGCCAGAGGCAUGCAAGCACCUUUGGAAGUGUGGUGUGGAGAAUCAGGCGUUUUACAAACUUGAGAAGUCCAGUCAGGUUCGCACCGUCUCCAGCAGCAACCUGUUCUUCAAGGGCAGCCGUUUCCGCUACAGUGGAAGAGUAGCGAAAGAGGUAAUGGAGCAAAGUGCCAGAAUCAAACGUGAACCUCCAGAAAUACACAGGUCUGGCCUUGUGCCCAGUAGGAGUUGUCCAUCCAUCACCCAUGGGCCUCGCCUCAGCAGUGUUCCCCGUACACGUCGGAGAGCUGUGCACAUAUCUAUCAUGGAGGGUCUGGAGUCUUUGCGUGACAGUGCCCACUCUACACCGGUGCGUUCGGUGUCCCAUGGAGAGUCUUUCCUACCCCGGUCCCGCAGCCACGCUACAGAUGCCAGUGAGGGGAUGGCAGUCAUCUCGGACGAGGCCUACAGUCCCUCAGAUAGCGUCCUUCCCACCCCGGUGGCUGAACACAGCACAGACAUGGCCGUCUCACGCCAAAUAAAUGGUGCACCCUGCAGCAUCGAGGAGGAAAAGGAGUCAGAGGCGGGCACCCCGAUGCGCGGGGAAGAGGGUGAUUUCGGGGUGGAUGGUAGAGCUGCACAUGAAGGAGCAGGGGAGGACUCAGCCCUGAGCGAGGUGGAACAGGUGAAUAAGUUUGUCUUAAGCGUCCUCCGUUUGCUCCUCGUCACCAUUGGACUCCUUUUUGUCUUGCUCCUCCUCCUUAUCAUCCUCACCGAGUCAGACCUUGACAUCGCAUUUUUAAGCGACAUCCGUCAAACCCCCGAGUUUGAACAGUUCCAUUAUGAAUACUUUUGUCCCCUCAGGCGGUGGUUCGCCUGCAAGCUCCGCUGGGUGGGCGGGUUGCUCAUUAACAACUGAGGGUGCGGUUGUAGCAUCACAAAGACAGUUCAGGUUUGUGAGAAGAGUUUGUUAGGAGUCUGGAGUGUUGUUGAAGGACAACUUCAUCCGAACCAAGAACCCAGCUUCUCAUCUUCCUCCUGCAGAAAACAAAACAACUUGGACCUCUCCUUCUAACACUAAGCCAGGAUCUUUCUCCCAUCACCUCAACUCUUUAGUUGCACACCCCUCCCUCCUACUACCAUGUUUGUUUUUUUGCUUAGCAAAGCCUGAAGACAUUUUUUUGCGUUUUUUAAGUCAUU